AUGGAGCUGGCUGGGGGGCAUGGAGGGGAGGCCGGGGGAAGCGUCCGCGGGGUGGCCGAGGGGGCGCGGCGCGGCCGCGGGUCUGACGGGGAGGGAGCCUGGGGGGCAGCGGGGAGGCCGGAGGCCGGCGCGGGAGCGGAGGGGACUGGGCCGGCGGCGGGGGGCAGAGCCGAGGCGGCCGAGGAGUGCAGCGUGGAUUUGGCGGUUGUGAAGCAAGAAGCGAUGGACUGGCCGGACAGCCAGUGGGUCAAGCAGGAGGUGGAGGAUGAGAAACCAGGGGCACUGGCGGUGAAGCACGACGGGGAGAGCAGUUUUGUGGUGAAAGAAGAGACAAUGGAAGAACCGGAGGUCAAGGAAGAGAAAGUGCCGGUGAAGGACGAGGUCGUGGGCUGGACAGACGUGAAGGAGGAGACCUUGGAGGUGAAGCGGGAGGAGACGUGGGCGGCUCCGAACAUAAAGGAGGAGCAGCUGGGGGAUGGGGUGCACCUAAAGGAAGAGGAGGACUUCCCCAAGACCGAAGUGAUGGAUGAUGCGAAAGUAAAAGUGGAGCCUCCUCUGAAUCUGCCAGUGGGCUGCAAGCGGAAGCUGGCCACGGCCAGGUGUGAAACUUGUGGUACAGAAGAAGCAAAGUACAGAUGUCCACGUUGUAUGCGAUAUUCCUGCAGUUUGUCCUGUGUAAAGAAACACAAAGCAGAACUGAUGUGUAAUGGAGUUCGGGAUAAGACUGCUUAUGUUUCAAUACAGCAGUUUACUGAAAUGAAUCUCCUGAGUGAUUACCGAUUUUUGGAAGAUGUGGCAAGAACAGCAGACCAUAUUUCUAGAGAUGUUUUCUUGAAGAGACCAACAAGCAAUAAGCAUAUGUUUUUUAUGAAAAAUCGUGCCCGAAGACAAGGUAUUAACUUAAAACUUCUUCCCAAUGGAUUCACCAAAAGGAAAGAGAAUUCAACAUACUUUGAUGUAAGAAAACAGCAGUUCUGUUGGCAUGUGAAACUCCAGUUUCCUCAAAGUCAAGCUGAAUACACAGAAAAAAGAGUACCAGAUGAUAAAACUAUUAAUGAAAUUUUAAAAUCUUACAUCGAUCCUGAAAUGUCAGAUCCUGUAAUUCGUCAAAGGUUAAAAGCUUACGUUCGUGCUCAGGUGGGGGUUCAAAUUUUAAUGAAGGCUGAACAUAUGCAGCAAAAUUUACUAAGAUAUUAUGAACUGGAUCCUCAUAAAAGUCUUCUAGACAACUUGAGAAACAAAGUGAUUAUUGAAUAUCCAACAUUACACAUAGUACUAAAAGGAUUUAAUGAUGACAUGAAAAUUCUUUCCCAAGUGAAAAAUGAAUCUACUAAGAACCUUAGCAAUGGAAAUUGAGUCGUUCUGCAAGAUGAUGAUGCCUCAACAGUUGCAGAGAAUUAUGCACUGACAACAUUGAUGGGUUGUUGGAUAAUUGGGAUAUUGUUGCUGGCUGCAAUUUAUUUGUCAGAAAUUAAACUGGAAACUUGCUUUGAGGGCAAAAAUGUAUUUUAUAGCCUCUUGAAUUAAUUGACUUGUAAGGCCCCUUUUCUCAUACUCUUUUUGUACCUGAUUAGUAGAGCUCAUGCUAAGCUUCAGUUUCUAGUAUGCUUAAUUCUAUAAGCCAGACUUUUUUUUUUGUUAGUUUGGUACGACACCAAACCCACGGAUCACCUGUGUCAACCACCACCCUGGAACUCAGGUGAAACAGAACUAGAAAGAAUGUCUUGCAGCAUAUGAUCUAGCUGAGGAGAGUUUAUCCUCAGUCUCUAUCAGUUGUCCACUAUUGCCUUAGAGGUUGGUAUGUAAUUUUUUCCUCUUAAUUUUUUAUACUUGGAAAACUCCCAAGGAGAUGUUUUGUAAAAAGAUCAAAUAAGUACUUUUAACUACUGUAGCUAAUAUUUAUUUCUGAAAAUCAGCUCCACAUUGAUCAGUACUGACUGAAUUUGGCUGUACUUAUUCCUGCAAAGUAUCUUCUGGCCUGGUGCCAGUGCCUCACACCUAUAAUGCUAGCAACUCAGGAGGCUGAGAUUUGAGGAUCAUGGUUCAA